UAUUUUUUUCAUUGUUUCCUCAUCCAUUUUCAUUAGUCCGAGUCUCCAAAACCACUGAUAUUCUUCAACACCACCUUUAUUUUUUCUCAAAUUCACACAAAAGAAAACCCUUAAAACCCCAAAAUUUCUCCGUCACUCUCUCUCCAGUUUCCGACUUGGGUUUUCCGGCCAACCCACUUGACCGGUUCUCCACUCUUCAAUCAUCGCUUUCAGAUUUACAUGAGUGGUAAUAGACAGAGGACCCUUGGGGGUGGGGGUCAACAUGUAUUGGAUUACUUAAAGCGAAUGCAAGCAGAGAAUCCUGCUUUCUUUUAUGCUGUUCAAAGUGAUAGUGAGCAUUCUGGAGGGAAUAUAUUGUGGGCUGAUGCUUCUGCUAGGUUGAACUAUACUCACUUUGGAGAUACAGUGAUUUUUGAUACUACAUAUAGAACACACCGUUAUAGGUUGCCAUUUGCCUCUUUUACUGGGUUUAAUCAUCAUGGGCAGCCAUUGUUGUUUGGGUGUGCUUUGAUUCUUAAUGAGUCUGAAUCAUCCUAUGUUUGGCUUUUCCAGACUUGGCUUCAUGCCAUGUCUGGACAUAGUCCUGCCUCGAUUACAACUGAUCCGGAGAGGCUAAUACAAAGUGCUGUUGCCCAAGUUCUUCCUGGUACCCGCCAUCGUUUCUGUAAGUGGGCGAUUUUUAGAGAAACUAAAGAGAAGUUGCCUCAACUUUAUCAGUCUCAGCCUACUUUUGAGGCUGAGUUUAAGAAGUGUGUUAAUGAGAGUGAGACAAUUAAUGAGUUUGAGUCUAGCUGGGAAUCUCUGCUCCAAAGGUACUACAUUAUGGACAAUGAGUGGCUUCGAUCAAUGUACAGUGCUCGACAACAGUGGGUUCCUGUUUAUAUGAGAGAUGCUUUUUUCGGCGAGGUGUCUGGGACUGAGGGAAGUGGGGGUUUGAAUCUGUUCUUUGAUGGGUUUGUGAAUGCGUCCACCACCAUUCAGAUGCUUGUUAAACAAUAUGAGAAAGCUAUAGUGAGUUGGCAUGAGAAGGAACUAAAAGCAGAUUAUGACACUAUCAAUACUACACCAGUUUUGAAAACACCAUCUCCCAUGGAAAAGCAAGCUGCUAAUCUCUAUACUAAAAGAAUAUUCAAAAAGUUCCAGGAGGAAUUGGUUGAGACCCUUGCUAAUCCUGCAACCAAAAUAGAUGACUCAGGUACUGUUGCCACUUAUAGAGUUGCCAAAUUUGGAGAAGACCACAAAGCAAACGCUGUUAGCUUCAAUUCUUUUGAGAUGAAAGCUAGUUGCAGUUGUCAGAUGUUUGAAUAUUCGGGAAUAAUUUGUAGGCAUGUAUUAGCCGUUUUUCGAGCAAAAAAUGUCCUGACACUUCCUUCUCAGUAUGUUCUUAAACGAUGGACUAGAAAUGCCAAGACUGGACCUGUCGUUGAAGAACAAGCUUCAGAAUUGCCAGUACAUUUUCGAGAUUCCUUAACUGUUCGCUAUAACAAUCUCCGUCAGGAAGCAAUCAAGUUUGUUGAAGAAGGUGCUAAAUCUAUCCAUAUAUAUAAUGUGGCUUUAGAUGCUCUACAAGAGGCUGCUAAGAAGGUUGCUUCUAUAAAGAAUCGAAGUUCUGGUGCUACACAAGGUGCUACUCUGGCAAAUGGAGGUAGCCAAGAGUUGCAUUCAAAUGAAGAAAAUCAAACGGCAGCUUAUCAGUCUGUAGAUGAGAAGGAAAAGAAAAUUAACGAGCUAACUACUGAGAUAGAGAACACUAAUCAACGGUGUGAGGUAUAUCGAACGAACCUGCUUGCAGUUUUAAGAGAUAUGGAAGAACAGAAGUUAAAGCUUUCAGUUAAGGUUCAAAAUGCAAAGCUUAGUUUGAAGGAGUAAACCAGAGAUUGCAGAAUAGGUCUUAUUAGCAUUUUCCACUGUAUUUGUUUCCUUCUCUAGCCGCGCAGAGAUACCAAACGCCAUGUUCGCCUUUUUUUUUAUAGGCUUAUCUAAGCAGAGGAGUGGAAGAUGUGGUGGACUGGACAUAUUUGUAUUGAAAUGCUUGUAUGUUUUUACUGGUAUGAACUUGAGAAAUGAAAGAAAAAGUGUUGAGUUUUAUUGUUAUAAAA